AACACAAAAAGAAAGAAAAAAAAGGGAAGAAUUUGAGAUUGUGAAUAAAAGGAGUCUUAUUUGGUAAUUUCACAAAUUUCCUUUUCAGGUCCUUUCGUCGUCGUCGUCGUUCUCCUCAGACUUUGUUCUGACUAUGCAACCCAACCUCUGCAGAGAGAGAAACUAAUAAAUCAAAAAAAAAAAAAAUAAAUACACUUGUGACGUUUCCAAAAGUCAAGAAACCCUAAAAUCUUCUCGUUUUCAUGGAAAAUUUCUCACAUUCCCGGCAUCCAAACAGGGCUACGGCGGCGUUUUCCAAGAAAAUUUGUGGCAAUGCCGCCGGUGGCUUUGCGCCUUCAAAGUCCCUUUACGAUGAUGUAUACGGAGGUCCACCGAAGUUCGGUGUUUCCACUCUAUCUCCUCGAAUGGAAGACUACGGUGAGAUUUUUGGAAGUUUUCAGGCUUCUCGAGCUUCGUCGAUUCCGGUGUUGGAUCUUCCGGCGGUCGAUGAAGCGGAGGUUUAUUUCGAUGUUAGGAGUUCUAGUUUUGACUAUUCCGAGGUUUUUGGUGGGUUUAAUGGUCUAGAUUUCGCUGUCUCUUAUGAGGAGUUGGUCGAUCAAUCUAAGGGUAUGGAUGGUGAUUCUUCCGACGAACCUUGGUCUCCAGCAGAGUUUGAAUCUCUAUCGGAAGAGUCAGAUAUUUCUGGCAAAGAUCGUUCCUUUUCAAAUGGAAGUCCUCAUCACUCGCUUGAUGGUAGUACAGAGUUUAAUAUAUCUUACCAUAAAACUAAUCAAAUGAGCAACGACGAUUUUUCAAACGGGACUACACAUGUAACUCAACUUCAUGGUGUUUCGGGAUUCUCUGUCAUGGUUGAUUCAUCACCCUUGCAGGAGGAUGAAGCUAGCAAUGUCAAUAUAGAUUUGAUUGUUGAUAAGCUGAAGGCGAAGCAUCUUAAAAAAACAUUAUCGCACCCUCCUAAUGGUAGUGCCGCUGGACAUGCAUUUGAAAAUGAUCUUAGAACUCAGAAAGGAAGUGAUAAUAAUGGAUUUUUCCAUAGAGAAGCGUUUGUAGGUAUAUCUGAAAUCAACCUUCGAACUCAGCCAUCGGAAUUGCCUCCACCUUGUCGGCCACCUCCUAUAGUAGAUGGUGAGAAGGGAGGUUCUAGUAAACUGGCCCCAUAUCAUAAUUGUUUUACUUCAGAAGGAUUCUCGGGAGAUGAUUCGCCGCCUUUCUUUGAUGUAGAGGUAGAUGCCAGUUCGUCUGCUGCAGUCUCUGCUGCUGCUAUAAAAGAAGCAAUGGAGAAUGCUCAGGCAAAGAUUAAAAGUGCAAGAGAAUUAAGAGAGAAGAUUAAAGAUGGACUUCAAACCAGCCAUAAAUCAGGUUCGAAAAAGGAUGUGAAAGGGAAGCAAGGGAAGAGAGGUAAGAUUAUUGAUGGAUCCAAUAGAAUAAAAGACGAGAUUGUGAAGGGACCUUGCGAAAAAGCCAGCGGAUCAACUCUGUUCGUGAUGGAGGAGAAGCAGAAGGUGACUACGGCAGGCCCUGAAGUUCCAGAAUAUGUAGAACCGGAAAAACCUCAUGCUGCUGCUCAAAAGUAUGCGAAAGACAUGUCUGAGAAGGAAAUAUGUUCAAAUAGAGGAGCUUAUACCAUUGAUGAAGCUAGUGAAUGGAAAGAGGCAACCGAAUUUUUUGAAUUAAUAACAACAGAGGAAUCUAAGAAGGUUGUUGAACAGGUAGAUAACAAGAAUACUGCUGUGCAGAAUACGAUUCACGAGCAUGGACAGCUUGAGAAGGCAACUGUGGAAUCUUUUGAUAAGCACUCAGAAAAUGGCGGGAAACAAAAUGCUGCCUCGAAAGAUCAUGGGCCGGAAAAUCCUGAGCUGAAACAAGGCACAAAUGAGUCUUUUGGGUACGAGGAAAACCAUGUACAGUCAAUGUUAAAGGAGGAGGCAUGUGAGCAAAAAGAUGGUGAGGAUAAGGUAAAAGUAACCAAUGAAGUUUGUGAAUGGGGGGAAGUCGAUAACAGCUUUACAAUAGCCAAGCAGCUUCUGGGAUCCAACAAAAGAAGCGGUGGUAAUAAAUCCACUAGAGAGAGAAAAAGAUGGUUUGAAGAUUCCAAAGUUGAGCAGCCUAUAAAGCUAAAGGAGAAUGAUAAAAUAUCGGAGGCUGACAAAAUGAUUGAAAUUGAAGAAAAAUGCAAGCUUUUCCAUGAAAGUGUAGACAUCGAAGAGAAGCAAACAGAGGCUUUUGAACAGAAUAUAAGUUUUGAAGGGGCAUUUGACCAAGAAGAAAAUGAGAAAAAAUUGCAGAAGGAUAUUGAACAGGAAGAAAAUCAGAAGGGGCUAAACCGUAUGUUUGAGAAAGUAGAGAGUGAGAGGAGACCUAAAGUAGCUGUCAAGCAUCAUGAGAAUGGAAUGGGAUUGAAACAGUCCCUUCAACAGGAAAUUUACAAGAAGACACAGAAACAAGCUCUUAAGCUGGAAGAAGAGAAAAAACGUGAAAAGGCUCAUAAAAGAGAAGCAAACAAGAAUGUACUUAAAUCGGUUAAUGGGGAGAAAGAGACUAGGAAAAACAUGAAGGCCUAUCAGCAAGAAAUUAAUGAGAAAAGAUUCACAGAGGAGGGUCUAGACAAAGAAGAUAUAGAAACAAAACUGUCAGACAAUUUUGAGCUGUUGGAUACUCAGAACAUGCCAAGUGAGAUUAUUGAGCAGGAAAAGACUAAGCAGGUGCUUAAAGAUCCUGUUGGUGGAGAAGCUGAGAAGGAUCUAGACAAGGCAGAUGAAGUGAAGGAGAAGAUUGAAAGUAGUAAGGAAGUAAAAUUGGCCAAAGAAGCUCAGUUGCUUGUGGAGGAAGAUGAUCUACCGCAAUUUGAUGUGGAGCAUAAGCUGGAUUGUAGUGAGGAGAACAGUCAAUCAAGCCAGUCCACUAGCGACAUUGAUGAAAACAGUGGAAAAGUGAAAACAACUCAGGGCAGCUUUAGCUUUGCCCAUGAAGAAAGUGGUGAUAUAAGGACUAAUGAAAUGCAACCAGGGGCAGUUGGAAGGAAAAAUAAAUUCAUUGAUAAUACUAUCAAAGCACCUAACAUAGCUGAAAAGUACUUCAGAACAGAAGGCGCAGGAAAGGACUUUAAUUUGGAUAACACUGUGAAGAAAACAAGUGGAGAAAUAAAGAUUAAACCGAAAGUUAGUGAAACAGAAUUAGAAGCAUUUGAAAUAGAAAUUAAGCCAAGCUGUGGUGAAGGAAAAUUGAAAGCAGUUGGCCAGUCACAAGGAAACUUAGAACAUGGAAAGAACCAAUGUAAAGGGGAAGAUGCCUUUGAGCUGCCUCAUCUAGAUAAUCGAGCGAAGAAGGUGGGGCAAUCAGCCUCAGUUAUUGGACAAGCCAAUGCCAAUAAAAUCAAGAGUUCCUCUCAGAUGGGAUCUGUUUCUGAAAAUCAAGAGAAAGAAUUUGCUCGUCAGUGGAAGGAGAGAGAAGAUUGCACCCAGGCCCAAGCUACCAUGAAUCAGGAAGAGAAGAGAAAAACAAUGCCAACUCAUAUGGUGAAAGAAAGCAACACCGAAGAUAAGAGAAAAACAGAAGCAGUCCAACCGCCUAGGCCUGAAGAGAAGCUAAAGAACCAGAAAUCAUUUCAGCAGGUUAAUGCAGCUGCAGAGAGAAAAGAGAAGACAUCUGGAGAGGUAGAAACUGAAAGGAUGAAAAGAGAAAGAGAGAUAGAAAAUGAAAGACUCCGAAAAAUAGAGGAGGAGAGGGAGAGGGAAAGAGAAAGAGAAAAGGAUAGAAUGGCUGUUGACCUAGCAACACUUGAAGCUCGUGAGAGAGCAUUUGCAGAUUCUCGUGACAGAUCAGAAAGGGUUGCUGUGGAGAGGUUAACAGCUGAAGCUCGUCAAAGAGCAAUGUCAGAAGCUCGUGAAAGAUUGGAGAAAGCAUGUGCAGAGGCCAGGGAGAAGUCAUUAUCAGGAAAGGCAGCUAUGGAGGCUAGGAUCCGGGCUGAGCGUUCUGCAGUAGAGAGAGCAACUGCUGAGGCUCGUGAGCGUGCUGCUGAAAAGGCAAUGGCUGAAAGAGCUGCUUGUGAGGCCAGAGAACGAGUACAAAGAUCUGUUUCUGAUAAAUUUGCAGCUUCCACAAGAAAUAAUGUGUUGAGACAAAGCUCAUCAUCCUCUGAUCUUCUCGACGGCUCACACCUUAGACAUCAAUAUUCCUCAGUUUAUGGUGAGAGAUUUGAAGGAGCUGAAGUUGAAUCAGCUCAAAGAUGUAAAGCUAGGUUGGAAAGGCAUCGUAGAACAGCCGAACGUGCGGCGAAAGCUCUUGCAGAGAAGAAUAUGCGCGAUCUUCUUGCCCAGAGAGAGCAAGCAGAAAGAAAUAGAUUAGCAGAAACUUUGGAUGCUGAUGUCAAGAGGUGGUCAAGCGGGAAAGAAGGGAACUUGCGCGCCCUGCUUUCAACUUUACAAUAUAUCCUCGGGCCUGAUAGCGGUUGGCACCCAAUUCCCUUAACAGAGGUUAUUACUUCAGCUGCUGUAAAGAAAGCUUACAGGAAAGCCACCCUUUGUGUUCAUCCUGACAAAUUACAACAGCGCGGUGCAAGUAUUCAUCAGAAGUAUAUAUGCGAAAAAGUUUUCGAUCUUUUAAAGGAAGCUUGGAACAAAUUUAACUCGGAAGAACGGUGACUCGGCCUCUCUCAUACUUUAUAAUGCUGUUAUACUGCAACAGCAUGUAAUUUUAUAAAGCUGUAAGUAGAUAUAGUCUUAUGUUCAGUUUUUCCUUUCUAUCUUUCACUUAUUAAUUUAAGUAGAUAUUGAAUGUAAGCUUAAAAGCUCAAAGAAAAUAGUUUAAGGAAAUCCAAGUAAAUGAAAUAUGGUUGGCCCCCUCUUUUUUUUUUU